AUGGCGAAAGCUUCCCAUACAUUGCAGAAAGGUGUUUUCGUCCAGCACACCGCCAAAGCCCAUAACCUGAAAGGUCAACUGCCUGAAGGGAGCAUGGAAUCUUUGGCAACAACCAUUCGUUUCGUCACGCUGAACUGCCGAACACUAUCGAGUGAACUCCAACAAGCCGCUCUAUCCAGACUUCUGCGAUAUCUCUGUGUGCCUUUUGCUGCGAGUGCCUUUUGCAUGAGAGAUCGGCCCGUCAUCAGCAUCGAAAAUUACACCAUAUACUGCGGCGAUGCUGAUGAGAACAAAGUAGGUGGCUGCGCGAUAGCUGUGAGGAACGAUUACAAGAACCUGGUGGAGGAAUUUGGCUCAACAUCGUCUAAAUGCGCCUUUCUACGACUGCGGGAUCGCAGAGGACGUAAACUCUGGAUCGUAAGUGCUCACGCACCUACGGAAACCGCUGAGGACAACAGUGAGGACGUCUUCUAUGAUGAAUUCAAUGCGUUGAUGUCUAAAAUACCAAGCCAGCAGGUGGUCAUUGUCGGAAUCGACGCAAAUGCGAAGAUGGGACUCGAACAGCAAUCCGAUGUGCUAGGAAAAUGGUACUAUGCAGCGGAAUGCACGUCGGACAACGGUGACCGUUUGGUCGACUUGUGCGAACAGACGUGCCUCAUCAUCGCUUCCACUUUUUCCACGUUUAAUAGAAAUCAUCGACGGCAUCAGCUCACGGCAGGGCUCGACUACGUUUUGGCGAGGAACAUUCCUCAGUCAGAUAUCCGAAAAUCUAAAGCUGUUUGGGACGUCGUGUUCGACUCUGACACCAGUCCAGUUCUUCUAAGCUUCAAGAUACGGCUCCACAAGAGAAACCUAGGAAAUCCUUUUCAACCGAAAAUCGACAUUGCAGGUCUGAAAGACGAUCAAUGCAGAAGAAAAUUCCGCCAACGUGUGUCUAUUCAUGUUGGAGUACGGACCAGGAAGAAGCUUAGCGAUGCGGAUUCCUUCACAAACGCUGGUGACUUCAACCAGGAAAAGCGUCUCAGAAGGAAUCUGCGUCGUCAACUGCAACAAGACCGCGAUAACGAGUGGACGUCAAGAGCGAUGGAGUUUGAGAAGGCGUGGGAGGACAGGAACCCGCGGGAAGCCUAUGCUCUACUAAAACAGUAUAGCGGCAAAAUGAAAAGAUGUUCCCCUGUCCUCAACACUGCCAAUGGGGUAGCUGUCGGUGAAGCAACCCUUCCAAUUUGGAAGGAACACUUCAAGACCUUGCUGAACCGGCUAGCACCGUCAGCCCCUGAACUUGAACACGUUCAUAGAGCGACAUACGCGGUUAACGAGGAGCCACCGACUGUGUCGGAGGUCCUGGUCUGUAUUCAAAAAAUGAAGAAUGUAAAAUCUGGCGGAGACGACGGGAUUAGCGCAGAAAUGCUAAAAUAUCUUCCUCCGUCUGGGAUUCGUGAGAUGACAAAGAUCAUCCGUUCAAUAUGGAUAAAAGGAUAA